AGCCAAAACAAACAGAGCCACAGCCACGGAUCUGAAUCAUCUGAUACACGCAGAUAAUAAACCGCACACACAAAUCUUAAAUCCAGAAGCACGUCGUGAAAUAAACGCCGUUAAUCAUAUCAUCCAACUCUCCGAUCUCGCCCAAUUUGAUCCGGUGAUAUUAAGAUGAAUAGAUUGGGAGUGUUGUUAGUGGUGAUUGUGGCUCAGUUUUCGAUGGGAUGGAGCUUCCAGUCUACUGCUCCUGCGUUUAUGUGGUCUUCUCAUCAGGAUAGAACGUUGGAUGGAAUAAAUUACCAAACUUUAUCACCCAAGGACUUGGCCAAGUCUGUCAUGUCUCUAGGUGGCUGGUCUGAAUAUUUGUGCUCAAGGAAGGAAUCUCAUCCAUCUGUAGAUAUUGCGCUGCUUUUUGUUGGGAGAGAGUUACAAUCUUUGGAUAUAUCGACUGCAAGUAAACAUUCAGAUGUUGCACUGCUUAAACUGCUCAAGGAUUCUUUCACAAAAUCCAAUCACUCUCUAGCAUUUCCAUAUGUUGUUGCAUCAGAGGAUGAAGACACAAUGGCAAGCUCUUUAGUUUCAGAGUUCGCGGAAACUUGUGGACAUGCUUUAGGAGCCAGCAAUGUUGCUUUCACCGAGUCUUGUUCUGUGAAGGGUGAAAACUAUGAAAAGCUUGCAAACAUCCAGUCAAUUCAUGACUUUUUGGCUUUGAAGAUGGAAACAAGAUCCAAGGAACAAGCAAACUUGGUUGUUGUAUGCAAUGAUGGAUCCAGUUCCUUGAACGGACUUGACAAGUCAUCAGAGAGCCAGGUUUUUUCAGAGGUGAUUAGUUCUGUGGAGCAUUCUGGUGCCAAAUUUUCAGCUCUCUAUGUUUCAGAUCCGUUUAAGGCAAUCCGUUAUCCUUCAGAGCGUGACCUACAAAGGUUUCUUGCUGAAGGUCCUUCAGGAAGCAAGUUAUUAAAUUCAACUUCAUGUGAUGAAGUCUGCCGAUUAAAGGCAUCUCUCUUGGAGGGACUUUUUGUGGGGAUUGUUUUGCUUAUAAUCUUAAUAUCCGGCCUUUGCUGUAUGGCGGGUAUUGAUACUCCAACCAGGUUUGAGGCAGCGCAAGAUUCUUAAUCUAUUGUUUCUACAAGUGGAAUCCUUGUUUGGGGGCAUGAUCUAUGCAAUCUUCCAAAAAAUAGUUUCGGAAGCCAGAUAUAAAGCUUGUAAUAUUAGUCCGCGUCUUUUUUGACGUGCUGUGCGAGGCUGAAUUGUGAUGUAUAUGACGAAACAUUGUCAUUCUUUUAAUUGUCUUCCCUGCAUAUUUCCCGCCUUGUGGUAUUGGAAUUGCAGUUGCGUUUGUUGGGAACCUGGGUUCUGCUGCCUGUUGCAUAUUAGUGAAAUAAAAGGUAGUUAUAAUGCUUGUUGUAGUAA